GUGUACCUCCCAUGAACAAAUCGGCCCCAGAGGGGUCGCUCGUAGGUGAAGGCCCAGUGUCCCGAGGCCGCACUCAAUGCUGCCUGUCUGAAAUCGAGUCCCGAGAGCAGCUGGAAGAAGGGGAGGGCGAGGAGGACUCAGGGAGAAAGAGAAAACAGGAAGACGGUGAUGGCGCCCACGCCUCACCCCUCAGAAGAUCGGGGGCUUUCCGCACCCAUAGCCAUACCAAUGAUUCCUUCAAAAGACACAGUUGGGGACCCGACAAAGAUUUACAGGACCCAAUGAGCAGGAGAAGACUGCAGUCCUUGGGAUGCCCAGGUUCCCAAGAAGACUCCUUUCUGCAGAGCUACGAGGAACUGGACCCCUUUCCGGGAGCACAGCAGCAGCAGCCACAGCAGCAGCAGCCGCCGCAGCUGGGUGGCCAACCCUCCCACCCGGCCCCUGGCAUGCUGUCCAAGGCUGUGUCCAUGAGUGGCAUCAAUUUCCUCUUGGACUGCUCAGAUCCAGGUGCAGGUAACUCGUUCCGAUCCUCUGGCACAGACCUCAGCAAAUGUGGUAACCAGCUGGAAGAAGACUCAGGGACCUGGGCAGGCACCUCCCUGCGACGGACCUUCAGCUUCCUCUUGGGCAUGACAGGCAAGGCCAAGACCCGGGAAAAGGAGAAGAUGAAGGAAGCCAAGGACGCUCGCUAUACCAACGGCCACCUCUUUACCACCAUCUCGGUCUCGGGCAUGACUAUGUGCUACGCCUGUAACAAGAGCAUCACAGCCAAGGAAGCCCUCAUCUGCCCAACCUGCAAUGUGACUAUCCACAACCGCUGUAAAGACACCCUGGCCAACUGUACCAAGGUCAAGCAGAAGCAACAGAAAGCUGCUCUGCUGAAGAACAACACUGCCUUGCAGUCUGUUUCCCUCCGAAGUAAGACAACCACCAGAGAGCGACCAACCUCUGCCAUCUACCCUUCUGAUAGCUUUCGGCAGUCCCUCCUAGGUUCACGGCGUGGCCGAUCCUCCUUGUCUUUGGCCAAGAGUGUUUCCACCACCAACAUUGCUGGACAUUUCAAUGAUGAGUCUCCCCUGGGGCUGCGUCGGAUCCUCUCCCAGUCCACAGACUCCCUCAACAUGCGGAACCGAACCCUGUCCGUGGAAUCCCUUAUUGAUGAAGGUGCAGAAGUGAUCUACAAUGAACUGAUGAGUGACUUUGAGAUGGAUGAGAAGGACUUUGCGGCAGAUUCAUGGAGCCUGGCGGUGGACAGCAGCUUCCUGCAGCAGCACAAGAAGGAGGUGAUGAAGCAGCAGGAUGUCAUCUACGAGCUCAUCCAGACAGAGCUGCACCAUGUGCGGACACUGAAGAUCAUGACGCGCCUCUUUCGCACUGGGAUGCUGGAAGAGUUGCAGCUGGAGCCUGGGGUGGUCCAGGGCCUGUUUCCCUGCGUGGACGAGCUUAGUGACAUUCACACGCGCUUCCUCAGUCGGCUGUUGGAACGUCGGCGUCAGGCCCUAUGUCCAGGCAGCACCCGGAACUUUGUCAUCCAUCGUCUGGGCGACUUGCUCAUCAGCCAGUUCUCAGGUUCCAGCGCAGAGCAAAUGCGCAAGACCUACUCGGAGUUCUGCAGCCGCCACACCAAGGCCUUAAAGCUCUAUAAGGAGCUGUAUGCGCGAGACAAACGCUUCCAGCAGUUCAUCCGGAAAGUGACCCGCUCAGCUGUGUUGAAGCGACAUGGAGUUCAGGAGUGCAUUCUGCUGGUGACUCAGCGGAUCACCAAAUAUCCAGUGCUCAUCAAUCGGAUCCUACAGCAUUCUCACGGGAUUGAGGAAGAGUGCCAAGACCUGACAGCAGCGCUAGGCCUGGUGAAGGAGCUGCUGUCCAAUGUGGACCAGGAUGUGCACGAGCUGGAGAAGGGGGCCCGCCUGCAGGAGAUCUACAACCGAAUGGACCCUCGGGCUCAGACCCCUGUGCCUGGCAAGGGCCCCUUUGGCCGAGAGGAACUUCUGAGGCGUAAGCUUAUCCACGAUGGCUGCCUGCUCUGGAAGACAGCUGCAGGUCGCUUCAAAGAUGUGCUGAUGCUGUUGAUGACAGAUGUGCUAGUGUUUCUCCAGGAAAAGGACCAGAAGUACAUCUUUCCUGCCCUGGACAAGCCUUCGGUGGUAUCCUUACAGAAUCUGAUCGUAAGAGACAUUGCCAACCAGGCGAAAGGGAUGUUUUUGAUCAGUGCUGGCCCGCCUGAGAUGUACGAGGUGCACACAGCGUCCCGAGAUGACCGUAGUACCUGGAUCCGUGUCAUUCAGCAGAGCGUGCGCGUAUGCCCAUCUAGGGAGGACUUCCCCCUGAUCGAGACGGAGGAUGAGGCCUACCUCCGGAGGAUCAAGAUGGAGCUGCAGCAAAAGGACCGGGCGCUGGUGGAGCUGCUCCAGGAGAAGGUUGGGCUGUUUGCUGAGAUGACCCACUUCCAGGCAGAUGAAGAUAGUGUCAGUGGGAUGCCCCUGCCCACCCUGCCCAGGGGCCUUUUCCGUUCUGAGUCCCUUGAGUCCCCUCGAGGCGAGCGGCUGUUACGAGAUGCCAUCCGUGAAGUGGAAGGCCUGAAAGACUUGCUGGUGGGGCCUGGUGCUGAUCUGCUUUUGACACCCCGAGAACCAGCUUUACCUCUGGAACCUGAUAGUGGCAACACCAGUCCUGGGGUCACUGCUAAUGGAGAAGCCAGGACUUUCAAUGGCUCCAUUGAGCUCUGUAGAGCAGACUCAGACGCCAGCCAAAAGGAUCGGAAUGGAAAUCAGUUGAGGUCACCCCAGGAGGAGGCAUUACAGCGAUUGGUCAAUCUCUACGGACUUCUACAUGGCCUUCAGGCUGCUGUGGCCCAGCAGGACACUUUGAUGGAAGCCCGAUUCCCUGAGGGUCCUGAACGAUGGGAAAAGCUAUCCCGAACCAACUCUCGGGAUGGCGAAGCCGGCCGGGCUAUGGUUGCUCCUGUGGCCCCAGAGAAGCAGGCAACAGAACUAGCCCUGCUGCAGCGGCAACACACGCUGCUUCAGGAGGAGCUGAGACGCUGCCGGCGGCUGGGUGAAGAGCGGGCCACCGAAGCUGGCAGUCUGGAGGCCCGGCUCCGAGAGAGUGAACAAGCCCGGGCCCUGCUGGAGCGGGAGGCUGAAGAGGCCCGCCGACAGCUGGCGGCCUUGGGCCAAAAUGAGCCACUCCCAGCGGAGGCCCCCUGGGCCCGCAGGCCUCUGGACCCUCGGCGCCGCAGCCUUCCAGCAGGCGAUGCUCUCUACUUGAGCUUCAAUCCCCCUCAGCCCAGCAGAGGCCAUGACCGCCUGGAUUUGCCCGUGACUGUCCGUUCCGUCCCCCGACCCUUUGAAGACCGGGAGAGGCAGGAGCUUGGUAGCCCCGAGGAGCGGCUGCAGGACAGCAGCGACCCCGACACCGGCAGUGAGGAGGAAGGCAGCAGCCGCUUAUCUCCACCUCACAGUCCUCGAGACUUCACCCGAAUGCAGGACAUCCCGGAGGAGACAGAAAGCCGAGAUGGGGAGCCUACAGCUUCGGAGAGCUAAGGGGACCCCACCCCCUGCCUGGUGCCCCACUGAAGAACAUUAAUUAGUAAAGGGGUCAAACCUUGGGGACUCCGUUCUGCCAAUAAUGAGGGAAUAUUUGAAAGAACUGCUGAUUGUCCUUGCCAGCUCCUGGGAUCCUUGGAUACCUAUGGCCAUGUGGGACUGGGGAUUUAGAGGCCACAGCCCCCCAGGUGGCAUCCAAGAGCUACACCACAGAUGCCAGUUUUUCAUGCCUUCUUCCCUCUACUUAGGAAAAAUUAUUUAUUUAUUGUUUAUUGGUUAUGUGGGGGAGAGUGAGACUUAAAGGACCAGGGACAUGGGAACCAAGCCAUAGGGACCAGAGGGCCUUUCUUUUAGCACCGCUGGGACACGUAUAGGCUUAGCCACGAGCUGCUGGCUCCGGCUAACACCCACUCCAGCGACUCCCAUCCGUGGCCACAGUACCUACUGCCCCUUUAAGGAGGGCUGGGGUAGGCCUGUGUCCCUUUCCCCACUCUCCUUAGGCUCCUCCUGCUGGUCUUCCUUCUCUUCAUCCUCCAUGGAAAUCCGGCUCCUUGGGGUUGAUGGAGUCGAGGCUAGGGUGGCCAUGAUGUAUUGGGGUGGGGGAGGAAAAAUCCACAGGGACCAGAAUGUUUUGUUUUUAUUUUCUUUUUUGUACCAAAGCCAACCGCACGUGUUUUAUAUUUUUAAAAGAAGAUUGUAGGUACUUCUAGCUCCAUGUCUUUGAACUUGAGGAACUGGGGAGACAGUGGCUUCUUUCACCUACAGUCAGGGCUCUCCUAUUCGGAAUUCUUCCUCAGCCAUUUGAAAGAAGAUCCAUCCCUAAGGUGGGUUAGGGAACCUCGAACCCUCACCUCAUCUCCCACCAUGGCAACUAUGGUUGAAACGUAAGCAAGAAAGUGGGGGUUCAAUGCAACCCGAAUACCCACCAGCAGUAGCCAUUUGUCGGCCAAUUUCAUUGUUAAAAACAAAAAGACAGAGACAGUAACAACAAAGAAAGAAAGAAAAACUCAAGCAGGGAAAAAAAUUAAAGACCUGAAACGCACCAGGUGCUGUCUCUAGUGGCCCAUUCUAAGGAUUACAGUGCCUGCAGCCAGGCAGUGACCACGGUUUCUAUAAAGGGGCUGUCACUACCUCACUGAAGAGGGCACUAAAAAAAAAAAUGAAGCUGCCCAAACCCUCGUUAAAAUCUCAAAAUUACAAUGAUAAAAAUGAAGUUGCACCCAAGCUCCUGGAGCUGUUGGUGACUCCAAUAUUAGAAAACUUGUUUGCAUCUUAUUUGUAUGCUGUGCUUGGAUAUCAUCACAUCUGGCUCUUGCCCGCCGUGCGCCCCCCGGCUUCAUUUCCACAGAGUCUGACUCAGGGCUGAGUUCUCAGAGGAGCAGCCCUGCUCAUGCUGCCUAGUGGAAAGGCAGGAAGUGGUUUCAGUUCUUGGUUUUGGUUCAUCCCACUUCCUGUUUCUAGGCCCUACACUUAGCCCAUAGGGCAGGGUCAGUGCAUGCACACCCCCACAGCCUGUGAUGCAGGGUGAGAAGAAGGGUCUCAGGACCCCAACUAAAAAGGAGACUUGGCAUUGCAUGGGCAGCAGGCUUUGAGACGCUGCCAAUACUCCCCUCCAUAAGCCUCUGGCCCUUACGAGACACUUUCUAGCCAAUCAUAGGAUUCUUGGGCCGUAAGAGUUGUUUUAUAUGUUUAUUUAUUUACUUUAUUAUUAUUUUUGAGACAAGGUCUUGCAGUGAAGCCCAGGCUGGCCUUGGACUCACGUCAAUCCUCUUGCCGCAGCCUCCCGAGUGUUGGCAUUGCAGGCGUGAGCCAGUAUGCCCAGCCUCUGCUGUUUUCCUUUACAUGAUGGGUGCAGAAUGGUUGCCAGGCCCAGAAGCCCGUCCUUGCUCCCUCUCCUUUCCCCUCUGCCUUACAAACAGCAGCACACAGUUUCGAGCAUUCUGGUGGCUCAGUAGCUGCGUUCCAGGUAGCACUAAGCGUGCAGAGGUCAAGUAGAAGAGACAGUGGUAAAGUCAGGAGAAGAUGCAACUUCCCAACCUUCUCCAGAGGGGCCAAGAGAAAACCUAGGACCUGGAGACUGAGUCCCAGAGUAUGAGUUCUGAGAAGCUGGGGUGCUUCUGCUGCCUUAUUACCCAAUUCCACCCCAUUAUCAGCACAGAGCCAAUCCCGUCCUAUCAUCUUCCCAUCCCUAGGCCUGCCCUCUCCCUAGCCGUGUUUCUGAACCUGAUUAUUCUCCCCACUGCUGCCAUUUCAAACCUCUGUGGCAGUGUGUUCUGGGAGCCAGGGUUCAGCUCCUUACCUAUACCAUACUACUCCCUUGGAGGGGGCUCUAACCCUGGGUGCCCAGCCCUCCUUCCUCACCCCCUCAACCCUCUACCCGCAUCCCCCUUCAUCCCCCCCUCCAUCAGAAGUAGGGCCACAGGCAACUACUUGAGUUGUCGAUAUUUACCCCCGGGGUUCUGUAAAGCGGAUGCCCCCAGAGAGGGUAAUAUCUGGCCCCAGCCAGGCCAUUAGAGGUGCUGCUGGGGCAGCCAGAAGAAUGUUCAGGGAGGGGAACAUUUCUCACCUUCCUGAUGGCUAGUAAUAGGCCUGGCAUUUUGGAGCCAGUUUAAACAUUAUCAAAAAGAGGAAAUUAAACAUCAAGAGGCUAAUUAAA